UUUUGGCAUGCUUCUUUGGGAACUAGCCUUUGAAAGAUUCCCAUAUAAAGAUAUGGAAAUGCCAGAGAUCACCGAACACGUCCUGACCAAGAAAAGGGAAUCUUUGGAUUUUCCGGAUGGUCCACAAGAAAUAACAAGCGGGUUUAGUAACAUUAUUGUAGCAUCAUGGAAUCACGAUCCUCACUUACGUCCAGUAAUUAAGGAUUUGUUCAAUGACUUUACCAUGUUGAUCGACCUACAUGGUAAAAAUUCAUCAGAAAUCGAGCUUGUAACAAACAUCACAGAUCCUCCAAGCUCAAUUCCAGACAUUAAGGUCACAGUGAUAGAGGACCAUAAUGAGGACCUAUACCUUACCUCAUUGCCACAAUCCUUGAAACCUAUAAUUCCGUUAGAAGAAGGUAUUAAUGCGCACCGAAGUUCAGAACGUAAAAAGGCUUGGGAGUGUUUUGAAAUUCACGCAGAGCUUGGUGAUCCCAAGGCUAAGUAUUGGAUGGGUUAUUACUUGUGGGAGGGUCAUAAUGGGCCCAAGGAUCCCGAGAAAGCCAAGAAGUUAUUUAAGGAAGCCGCGGACGCUGGUGUUCCCGAUGCGCAGCUUCGUUAUGCAUUCGCCAUAUCAAAAGAGAAUUUUCAGGAUUUUAUAAAAUAUCUGAUCAAAGCUGCUGACAAUGGAAACGCCACCGCCCAAUAUAACAUGGCUGAUAUGUAUUUAAAGGGAAGAUUAGGUGUUGAAAAGGAUGAAAAGAAAGGAUUGCAGUAUUUAAGAUUAGCGGCUUUAAAGAAUCAACCCAAAGCCAUUGAGGCACUUAAACAUUAUGACGUAAAUGCAAUAUAUGUUUAA